UUUUCAAGUUCCCUUCUGUAAAUAACAUUAGGGCGGUUGUUUGGUUUGCGAACUAGUUAUGCAACAAUAAAAUGUGUAUGGACUAUUAUAUGGUGAACUGUUUUUGAUAAAUAAGAAUGCGUUAAUCGUUAUGUAAAGUUUGAGAUAACCAUAUCAAGAACUACUUUAAUUGUGCAAUUGCUAAUUACACAUAUUCUUAUUGCGCACUCUAUAUUGUAUAAAAUAUCGAAACAUUGACCAUAUAAGGUAUGUAGAUAAUAGUUAUUUGGAGUUUUCUGCCAAACGUUUUAUGAGUAAUGCGGAAUUUUAUAUCGAAAACCAUUAGUGUGAUGUAUUAACUAUGUAUUGCGUAACUAUGAUUUAUUUUUCUGUACAACAAAAUGGGCGAUCCCCCAAGUGUGUGUUGCAGGUGGUUCUCAUAUUGUUCUAGUUGAUACUAUAAGUGCAGCAUAGUUCUAUUGUGAAUCUAUUUAGUUAGUUUGGCAAUAUCUCGAUAUCUAUUUGAUUGUUCUUUGAUUAUAGUAUCUAUUUUGUUGUAGAUACUGCUCCCUUUUGUCAGAAUGUUUUUUCAUGCCAUCUUUAGUAUUUUGGUCGUGGCUUCUUCACUUAUGUUAUUUCUUUUCCCGUAGUGUUUUGUUAUGUGUUUUCUUGAGCAUAGGGUCUAUUGGAAACAACAUAUCUACCUCCCAAGGCAGGGGGGUAAGGUUUGCGUACACACUAUACUCCCCAGACCCCACUUGUAGGAUUACACUAGGUAUGUUGUUGUUGACGAUGAUGAUUGAGUAUUAUGGCCAUUUUUUAUUGCUUUUGUGAAGCUGGUAGACUAAUUUGACCUAAAAAGAUACCUAGUUUGCAUUUAAUUAUAUAUUGUUUAUAUAAAGUCUAAUCCAUCUAUAUUCUGUUAGAAUGAGCAUAAUGCAGUAGAACGGUUUAGAGGAUCUAUACAGCUGAAUGCAUCUAGAUUCAUGUUGAGGCAUAGUGGAUUAAGUGCCCGUUUGGAUUAACUUAAUUUUUAGGUGCUUUUGACUUUUAAGUAGCUUUUUAGUUUUGGAGGUGUUUGAAAAGGUUAUAAAGUGCUUUUAAACACCCACUUUUAGGCCAUAAAAGUUCUAAAAUAAGGCAAAAGUCAAAAGUAAGGUACCAUCUACUUAUGACUUAUAAUACUUUUUAUAAGCCCAUCCAAACAAGCCCUAAUUGUUUAAUCCACCUAUUCUCGAUUCUGUUUAAUUAUGUUUAGUAGAUGAAUGAGGAGGUAUUUUUCUUGUAACAAUAAAAAAAUGAUUUAGCUAUUGUCGAUGUCUUUAUCAUUGUUCUAGUAGGUUUCCUCUUCAUAAUAUCCUUCAACAGAUGUUUUCCACUUUUGUCCUUCUUGCUCUUCCUUGGUUCUCGUUGCCUUUGUAAAAAGAGGAUUGCUGUAGAUAAAUUGGAAGAACAAAAAGUGUACAGUUGGUUGCCUAGUGCGGGUUACGUCUCUUGUGUGGUUUGCAAGCUAUUGCAUAGGAGCGGAGGUUUUAUCCUGUGAACACUCAAAGGGGAUUGCAACGCUUCUUGACAGAGCAUAAAAUUACAUUGUCACAGAUUGAUCACAUAUUUCUAUCACGUGUCUGCUCAGAAACUGUUGGUGGGCUCCCAGGUUGGUUAUCAAUGAGCACAAUAUGAAAGUUAACUUAAGUGUCUGGAUCAAACUAACCCUUGAGAAGACUCUGGCGUAUUGAUUGCAGUUGAUUAAAACCACCAAAGAAGUUCUAUUGUUUUACUUGCAGGUCUCCUAUUGACUUUGGCUGGGAUGGGAAAAGAAGGGAUGUCAGUACAUGUAUCGGGUCCUCCGGAUCUUUAUCUAUUGGUUAAAGCAAUGGAAUCAUUCAUCUCAAAUUCUGCCAUGGGUCAAAUAGAUAGUGUUCUCCGUAAUGGAUCAGAUGAAGUUGCUAGCGCUUCUUCAAGUAAGUUUGAUCGUCUUUUUGCUCCGAUUACUGAUGGAGUUGUCAAACUAUCGGCUGUUCUCGUGCCACCAUGUUGCUUGAAAGUGUGUGGCUCAAUGAAGGAAGGAUCCUCUGAGCCAAACACUCCACUAAUUAGUGGUAGUCAUUUAGCUGAAGACCUUCAAGCACAAUGGAUGAAUCUCACAGCUGAAGUGGCAUUAAAUCCUGGUGAGCUUUCGGUGGUUUAUAUUUGUGAGUUGCCGGAGAUCAAAGGGAAGUUCUAUCCAGAUAAGGCUGCUGCUCUCGGAGUGGAACCUGGGCCAAAAUAUGGUCAAUUGCAAAGAGGGAAUUCGGUGGAGUCAGAUCAUCAAAAUAUCAUAGUUCACCCUUGCGAUGUUAUGGAGCCUUCCACUCACGGUCCUAUUGUGCUCCUUGUUGACUGUCCAACACCAUCUCAUCUGCAAGAGUUGUCAUCUUUGCAGUCUCUUACUCCGUUUUACUCGAAUAUAUCAGGACAACCUGUCGAAAUGUGCAAAAAAGUAAAUUGUUUGAUACACCUUAGCCCUGUGUCAGUAACAAAUACACCCGCGUAUGAGCAAUGGAUGGCCAGAUUUGGUGAAGCCCAGCACAUAAUGGCACGACAUGAGCCGAAGAAUAUUGAGAUUCCAAUUCUGAAAUCCAGUUCAAGAAUUGCUGCAACACUUAACUACUUAUGUCCUCAAUUAUUUCCUUCUCCUGGUUUUUGGUCUCUUCAGCAAUUGAAGAGCUUACCAUCAAUCUCAAAGUUCCCGAGGGAGUUGUCACGUCCAACUUCAUGUCAGAUCACUUAUGCAGAGAACCUCCUCAAGUUCCAUCUUCUUCCAUACAAAGAGCUUGGAUUAGACAAUUCUAAUGUUCCUGCUACUAUUUCUCGGACAGAAAUCUUAAAUGAGCUAACUUCGAAUAUUCCAGAAAUUAUAAGUGCUUCUGAACAUAUUAGCCAACUCUGGCAUGGGAACAAUGGAAUAGUUGAAGAGCUACAGUUGCAUGAAACUCCAUUACCGAGCUGUUUGGAAGGUAUAACAAGAGAAGAUAUGGAGAUAGUUUUUCUCGGAACUGGUUCAUCGCAGCCUUCAAAAUACCGAAAUGUUAGUUCUAUAUUUAUUAAUCUUUUCUUAAAGGGAAGUAUUUUGUUAGAUUGUGGUGAAGGAACACUGGGACAACUAAAAAGAAGAUUUGGUGUUGAAGGUGCUGAUGAAGCAGUGAAGGGUUUAAAAUGUAUUUGGAUUUCUCAUAUUCAUGCAGAUCAUCAUGCGGGAGUUGCAAGAAUUCUUGCUCUGAGACAUGAUUUACUCAGUGGAAGUCCCCACGAACCUUUAAUUGUUGUAGGUCCUCGGCAACUUGAAAUAUUUCUUGAUAGGUACCAAAUGCUCGAGGAACUAGAUAUGCAGUUCCUUGAUUGUAGGGAUACUACAGAAUCUUCAUGGGAGGCUUUUGAGUCAAAUGACGAUAAUGAUGCUAAUGGGAGCACAUGCAGGCUAAAGAACCUGCUCAGACAAGCAGGAUUGAUGACUUUGAUUAGUGUUCCCGUUAUACAUUGUCCUCAAGCUUUUGGAAUCGUCCUGAAGUUUGCUGAUAGGACUAAUGUUAUUGGGAAGAAGAUACCAGGUUGGAAGAUUGUUUACUCUGGUGACACAAGGCCUUGUCCAGAAUUGGUCAAAGCCUCUCGCGAGGCAACGCUUCUCAUACAUGAGGCUACUUUUGAAGAUGGCAUGUUGGAAGAGGCUAUAGCAAAAAAUCACAGCACAAUGGGGGAAGCUAUUGAGGCAGGGGACGCUGCUGGAGCAUACCGCGUCAUCCUCACUCACUUCAGCCAAAGAUACCCUAAAAUCCCAGUAUUUGAUGGAACAUACAUGCACAAAGCAUGCAUUGCUUUUGAUCUGAUGAGUGUUAACUUGGCUGAUCUGCCCAUUCUUCCAAGUGUUGUUCCAUAUCUUAAACUCUUAUUUCCUGAUGAAAUGUCUAUCAAUGAAGCUAAUUGAAUAACACUAUUUAUGGCAACAUUUUUAAUAGCAUUUAUAUACAAGUGCACCUUCAUAAACUUGCAAAAUUUUCUAUCUUUGUCA